GCCCAACGUGCCAUUUGCUACUUGUCACACAGCACAUAUAUUUUUGUAUAUUAACAACUUCCACCCGAUCUUCACGCCGCUUUAAAGCUCCUUUCGAUCGCUGCAACGAUCGCAAUUGUAUAUCGGGAGUCUCGUCAGCGGUGGAAAGAACCGAUGCGACGGACUUGUUGUUGCUCUUCGCUUUGACGGUCCGCAUUCUUGAUGGUAGGAUAACGGGCAAGAGGGGGAGGAAGAAACGGAAGAAAGAAAAGGAAAAGAAGGGAAAAGCCCAUGUGAUCAGGAUCGUUGCGUCAGUGCUCUCUAUCUGUCUAAUCUCUGUCAACCACGCUACGCGUGCUUUUAGAGGAUCCCUUUAGUCGUCGGGGUUUCUUGGAUGAUAUGCCACCAUGAAGUCGAACCGAGAGUAAAUUUCAUGCGCUUCUUUACCAUGGUAACAUUCAUUCGAAUUUUUCGAUCAUAAAACGGUAUAUGGUAAUAUUGAAGAUUCGUUUAAAUAAGCUGUAUUUGUGAUGUUAAUAAUCCUGUGCCAAGUGUCUUAAUACAUAUUAAGUGAAUAUUGAAAUGUUUAAUAAUCGGUGUAUGAUAAUCCCACCAAGCUCUAUGUCGCCCCGUUAGUAUUUUUUCUUCUGCCUUCCCGUUGUCGCGUGUUAUUCAACUUAGAUCGAUCGCUAACAAUACCGAUAGUUGUAUACGCAGGCUGUUGAUGUUGUCGUUGUUGUUGCUGUUAUUGUUAUUGCUAUUUUUAACACAGUCUAUAAUAUUGUCGUUGAAAAAUAAUCGUCAUUAUAUUGUGAUCCCGUUAAAAGCAAAGUUUCCAAAGGCCUAAUAAUACCUAUACAUAUACUCGUAUAAUAUUACAAGAUGCAUACACGUAGCAGUACCUGUGACAGUAUUGCAUCGUAUUUUUAAUCAACCGAGCAUAAACCGUAUGUCCUUAAUUGUCAGAUGCUUUAAUUGUGAAUCUAUUGUGCGGACUCUGAUGUUUGGUAACUCAGCGAAGCUUUCGCAAGACCAAGUAAAUCGUUGUUUGCAAUAUUUUUGGUGAAAAAGUUUUCGAGAGUGGACUCUAGAGGAAGAAAAAAACUCCCACGAGUGGCACGAGAACAUACAAGUGUCAUUCGAAGUGCAAAUAAAAUUGUAGGUGGUUGAAGAAUUGACAGCCAAUUAAUUUGCUGGUUCGAGAGGCUCUCGAGGUGGCUUCGAGUGUAACUCGGUUAAAGUGGUGCUUCGGAAAGGUACGGCGCUAAGAAAAUAAGGUACAAGAUCUCUUGAAAGAAAACGAGAUAGCCGAGUUUGCGGAUUGUGAGUAACUCGAGGGAACAGUAAUCCAAAAUUUAAUACGAACAGGGGGUUGCGUUGACUCCGUUCGUCGCCAUCAGGCGAAAACUAAAAUGUAGUCUCAGUACGGAUAAUGAAAAGUCUUCUAACGUGCGGCCGACAUGGUCAUUCUAACCAGUGAUUAUAAAAAAGAAUAUUCGGGCCAAUCGAACGUCACGGGAUAAAAUUGGAAACGGGGAAGCUGAGAGUGGACUCUGAAUAGACAAUAGUUUAAAGCGGUUUCCUUUCAAAAUGGAGGUUGCAGCGUCAGCGGUGCUGGAUGGGCUGAAAAACAAUCGAAUCGGCAAAUUGGCGCUAUCGCGAUUUCUCUCCCAAAGUCUAGCUCAGUUGGAAACGACAGGGAAUCCCGGGAGCAAAUCACCGGCUGGAGGCAGCGGCGGUCCGGGGGCGGGUGGCGCCCCUGGUGCCGGGGGUGCGGAACCUCGAACACCGACUGCGGGGCCCCAGAACAAGCAGCUCCAAAACGUCAAAGGGGACCAUCCCUCCAUGGCGUUCCUCCAAAGCAGAUCGGUAUCCUUGGUCGACAUGUACAUCGACAAUACGGAACCGAGCGAAAACGUUGGACAGAUACAGUUCAGCCUUGAAUAUGACUUCCAGAACUCUACGCUCAUGCUGCGCAUCAUACAGGGUAAAGAUUUACCGGCUAAGGACCUGUCGGGGACGUCGGAUCCCUACGUUAGGGUCACGCUAUUGCCGGACAAGAAACACCGUCUGGAUACAAAGAUCAAAAGAAGAACCCUAAACCCAAAGUGGAACGAAACCUUCUACUUUGAAGGUUUUCCUAUACAAAAGCUCCAGAGCAGAGUUCUUCAUCUUCACGUGUUCGACUACGACCGAUUUUCGAGGGAUGAUUCAAUCGGGGAAAUGUUUCUUCCCCUCUGCCAGGUGGAUCUCUCCGAAAAACCAUCGUUUUGGAAGGCACUUAAACCACCGGCGAAGGACAAGUGCGGAGAGCUUUUGUGCUCGUUGUGCUAUCAUCCUAGCAAUUCGAUCCUGACGCUUGGUUUGCUCAAGGCAAGAAACCUGAAAGCGAAAGACAUCAAUGGAAAAUCUGAUCCGUACGUGAAAGUGUGGCUUCAGUUCGGCGACAAACGAAUGGAAAAGCGCAAGACGCCUAUAUUCAAGUGCACCUUGAAUCCCGUGUUCAACGAGGCUUUCUCCUUCAACGUACCCUGGGAGAAAAUACGCGAAUGUUCGUUGGUCGUGAUGGUCAUGGACUUUGACAAUAUCGGGAGGAACGAACUAAUAGGUCGUAUUCAGCUAGCGGGGAAAACCGGAAGUGGGGCUACAGAGACAAAGCAUUGGCAAGACAUGAUCACUAAGCCAAGGCAAACGAUCGUUCAGUGGCACCGUCUGAAACCCGAGUAAGAGAAAUUGAAAGUGAAAACAAAGCUUAUUUUCCUGUGACCUUCCGCAGCUCGCUGCAAGUCUAGCGACGACCUGCCGCACGCUCCGGGUUCCCCGUCUAGUGACGUAAGUACGCUGCGGACAUGCAGAAAAGUUCGAAAACCGGCCGACAUCCGGCUUAGGGUUAAGGGUCACGAAAAAGACGAGGAUGAGGAGACGGAGGCGGAGGAGGAGAGGUAGAGAAACGGGGAUGAAACUCAUCGAGGCAUCGUCGAGGUCUUCAACGAACUGCGAAGCUACUUUAAGUUUUACUUUCAGCGCGUCCCGCUUUCCGGUUGUCCGCACGUCCUCUUCAAAUAUCACGUAAUAUGAUUGACAUUUAUAUGUAUAUCCAAUGGGUACCUUAUAUACCUGGAGAAAAAACGCGCGUUUGACGCUGCAUGACGCCUCAAGCGUUUUCUGAGCAAAAUUUUACAUACAAUACAGAUUGAAAUCUAUGAUCUACUACUAUUAUACGUACAUACGUAUAUUACUUGCAUUUCCACAACGAGAAGGAUUGAAAUCUGUCGCACCUGCGAGCGCAUACCUGCGGUAAAUGGUACACAGGUGUAACUGUUACAAAAUUUGGUGAGGAGAAUUGGCGUUUCGUGAAAAAGAUAAGGUAAUUUAAACACAUAUAAAUAUACAUAUAUUGUGAUAUAUAUAUAUAUAUAUAUAUAUUAUAUGCAUUUUGGUGUGUAUAGGCUUGUAUUUCAGGAAUGCGCUUGUGUAGCGCAAUGUUUCUAGCUGACCCCUGUUUGAUUUUCAUACAACGUCAGGUGUCAAUUGACUGGCUGAUUAAAAGUUAGCCUGAUUCUGUAUUUGUGUGUCCGACGAGUUUUCACCAAAUUAAUGUAACAAUAUUUUGGUACAGAUCUAUAUGAAAUUGAUCGAUGAAGUGCAUGUACUGUAAAAACAUGUUCAAUUUUAAUAGGGUACACGUAACGCGCGCGUUACUUUUUCGACCUGGACUAGAGACCCGUUUUGAAUGUAAUAACAUUUUUGAAGAUUUUUAUUUUUACUUCAUAGUAAUACAGUCUAGUAAAAAUCCGAGGAGAAAGAAGGAAAUAAUAGUAAUAAUAUUAAUAAUAACAAUAAUAACAAUAAUAAUAAUAAUAAUGAGAAUAAUUAUUAUAUUAAUAAUAAUAAUAAUAAUACUAACAACAAUAAUAAUAAUAAUACUAACAAUAAUAACAAUACAUUAAUGAUACAAAGAAAUAAGCUAUAGAAUAUUACAUACGAUAGAGAGAAACUGUACUUCUCGUAUAUAAUAUACGUGAAAAUUAUAGCUGAUUGUUGAAUUGUUAAGUGAAAAAACUGAUACCUACGUAUUUUCGGUGCUUGCGUGAUAGGCAAGAUUUCGAAGGAAAUUAUCUAUGUGCCAAGCCAGUGUGGUGAUUAUUUUUUAUUAUUUUAUUCUUAUUUCGCUCAGACGAUGAAUUUGCCCAUCUAAGUCUAACAUCGUACAGUAACACCCGUAUAUUUAUAAUCGAUUCCCUUUUUAUUCUGUAGGACUGAAAGAUUUAUCACAUCUUAACCGUUUCAAUCUUUCAGAACUUACGCGAACUAUAUUACAUGUAUGAGCACGACGCUGUAGGAAUGCGAUACGUAUACAAUAUACAAUAUACAUGUAUACCUACAUUUCAGUACCUACUUAUUAAAUUACACGUACAGUAUAAGUUUGUAAUGAUAACUUGAUAUUCCGUUGGCGUGUUAUCUUUUUUGUCACGCUAUGACGCCUGUCGGGAAAUCUAUAACCGGAGAAAGUAAGAAAUAGUGAAAUUCACUAGGUAUAUGUUGUGAAAUUUAGAGCCGAUGUAUAAUUUUUGUUUUACUGAAGCGUAUAUUGAAUCGUUUAAUUCGAAAUUGAUAUAUAUGUGCACAAUACCUAUGUGCAGAUUUAAAAAUAGCAGGAAAAUAUAAUUGUCAGUGAUUAAACUUUUUUCUCAAUUCAGUAUUCUUAUCCAUAAAUUGGAAGAUAUUCGAGUUAUUUAAAAAUAAUUUCUGAUAAAUACGUAGCUGUAAAUUUGAUGUGAUGUAGUGUUGAAUUAUCACAGCGCACGUUUAACCAUUUGAGGCGCACAUUUUUCUACUGAAGAAAUUUAGAAAAUCAUAGGUGAGCUCUAGGUUUUCAUGGUCGCUGAUUGCGAUUCUAAAGUCAAAAUAACGAAUUACAAAAUGGCAGAAUAAAAUGUGCAAAAAUGUAUUACAAAUAUGAAAAUAACCAAGAGUAAACAAAAAAGGUGGGACGUAUACAUCCCACUGCCCCUCAAAGGGUUAAUGCACAACUUUUGUAGUACACGAUCGUCUUACGUAACCAGACAUUUUGCCAUUUUUCAUGGAAUAAUUUCACAAAUAUCUCCACCCCCCUAGAUUUCUCAACUUUACUCUUAUUUUUUCAUUUUAUAUCAUUCUCUUCAAACUAGACAAUCCUAUUAGAAAAAUUAAUUUCAGUUGUUCCAGUGUUCAUAACAGCCAGUUCGAGACCAUUUUGCGCGCUGUCACCCCUGAUUAUUUUUAUACAUAUCACUUCAACUAAACUGCAUCGCGAUUUAAUCAAUUUUACGUACAAUCAUAACCUGGAAAUUUUUUUCUUUUUUAGUAAAUCGAGGUAACAUUUUCAAAAAUUUAACUCUCUCUUUCAAAAUCGUAUGUAAAUUUUUUCUACGAUCAAAUAAUUGUGUGUAAAGUGCGGAAGUUUUGACGAUAAGAUGAAACAUUUUCCGUGGAUUUAGUUUCAAAAACAACGAUUCAGUAUAAAUCAUCCGACUGUGUGCAAGUAUAAUUCCAUACUCUGCAGCUAUGAAAGAAAUUUACGAAUAGGUUUUCCAACCAGAGUACUAAGAGUCGGGCUAAAAAAUGGGAUCCAGAACACGCUGUAACACCGUUUCUUAACUAUCGCGUAAGAUCCGCGGAAGCUGAUUAUUGGUAAAAAUAUAAGUAGACAAAGCUUGCUAAUUGUAAGUAAUUCCUUACGGGUUCGCAGAAUUUCACAAUGUGAAAUAUUUCUAUUGGAUCGAACAAAAACAAUGGGAGAUUAUCAAACGACAGAGGAGGAGAAAAUUCGUUGGCACUUCAACCAAAAAUAUUUUUUUCUCCGUCGGAUACUCGCGGUGCAAAAGGAAGAGGCUGCGGGAAAAAAGUGGAACUGUAAUAUAGGUGUAAGCACAAACUGCAACUCUUCGUAUAAAGGGAUUCGAGGAUGUAAUUCGUUCUAUUUGUGAAGGAUACUCAAGGGCUUUGUGUGACGCUUAUAAUGCAAAUGCGCGAGCAGAAAGAUGCUCGAUCCGUAUCAAUAACAGAAGCCUCUGAACAAGCGAUAUCUGAACAAAGAUUCAGCAGACGAUGUCUGUGAGAAGUAAAAGAAAUUCUUUGGAGGAAGGGUCGCGUCAAAAAUUAUGCGAUAUAAGAUACGUAUUGUGAAGUGUGUAUGAGUGAAAUUGCUUAAUGAUCCGCGUACUCUUGUCGUACAAGGCUUGAUUUUUUCAUUCAACAUCGAACUGGUAAUUAUAGUCGCAGACCACCGGGACUGAGGAUCCUGAAAUUAAUAAUAGCAAUCUACAAAGGAAAGAUAUUUUUGACGGAAAUUUUUUAUUGAGAAGCAAGAUAUAUUUCGGUGAAUUUCAAGUAAUAAAUUGUGAUUGGUGUACCUUAUUGAAUACACUGACAAUAUUGUUAUAACGGUGUAUUUGAUGUAUAGUCUGCUGUGGUUGACUGUCUAUAUAAUGUUUAUGUAUAUAUAUAUGCAUAUAUACAUAUAUAUACAUAAAAAUGUCUCGAUUUAUGAUGGAUAAAAUUGUAUCGUCAGGCAAUUUUGCUUACACGUCACUGACACUUCGAGCAACACCGAUCCGUAUACUCUACUCAUGCAAAUCUGAUUCAAACAUACUUCUUACGAAUUAUCAAUCGACAAUACCGACAUAAAAAUAUCUUUUGGAGCGUUAGUAAAUGCGAGUAGCGUUCACUAUUAUGUCCCAACUUUUGAAUGGAUCGCUUAAACUAUGACAGAACAACCGACUGUAUGGUUAAAGUAUACACGAAAGAAUAUCUAUAUAUACAUAGAUACAUAUGUAUAUGUACAUGUAUAUGUAUAUAGUAUAUGGUAGAGAUUAGUAUCUACGUAUAUAAAAUGGAUGAAUAAUCUACAAUAUGAUAUAAUAUGAAAUUAUAUGAAUAUGUAUGUACAUAUACAAAUUGCAUACAUAUAUGCUCGUAUAUGCGCAUUAUAUAUUUCUAUAUUAUUGAAUAAGUAAAUAUAAAUUACGUAGCACAAAGUUAAAUAAUAUUUGUAUGUUGUAGCCUGUAUAUACACACGAGACAUAUGUAUGUCGCCCAGUUUAAAGAAAGAGUAAUUAGAAAAAAAAAAUGAAUAGUUAUAACAAAUAUAUUAGAAAAAAACGAGCUAUAGAUUUUUUUUAUAUGAGCCAGUUGUCUGCGAAUGUUUGUAUACAUAUAUAAUGUAUGUAUGUAUAUGCAUUACAUUACAGCUCGGAAUACAUCGACAGUUUCUGCAUAUUCUCAUUUUAUAGUGCUGUAAAUGUCGGAGAGAAUAAAGAAAUGUUUAUGGUCAAAUAUCGCGAUUGGAGCGUAAGUUUGAAAUCGUAAUUGAUGAGAGAUUAAUUUUUUUUUUUCAAUACAUGUGUUCGAAGCUUGUACAGUUUUAUUAUUAAAUGGAAAUGCAGAAGCUGUGAUAAAGCAUAUAAGUUACAAAUAAAAGGGCGAGCCACCUGCAGCCUGUAGCAAUUAUUAUAUAAUUACAUAAUAUUAUACGUUUAAUGAUAAUCAUUGUUUUUUCUUCGUGUACGAUUAUAUGCUCUCGUGUUUUGCCGAAGAAACUGGGCAAAAGUCAAACAUUGCUUGAGUACCUAUAGAAUUUGGAAAAAGAAGUGAAAACAAAAAAAAAAAAGAAGAAGAAGAGGAUAAGGUAAAAAGAAUACCACGCGAUACAUAAUUACGUUACGAAUCAUUACUUUAUGUAACGUUACGGUAAGAAAUGUUCGAUGUUAAACUUGUUGCGCUUUUUCCAUUGCGCAGUAUAAGAAUAUACAUAUAGUGUGCAUACAUAUACUUAUUAUACACGUGAAACAGCUAGUUUUUUAAAGCGACAUUUUUAAUUGGAAAGAACUUGACGUCACAACGAAAUACCUGCUUCUGUCACUUUAUUUUUCAAGCGCCAGAUCCUUAUCCCAGAGUUAUAUAAAGGAACUUAAAGAAAAGUCACUGCUGUUAUAGUAAUUAUACAGUAUCCUGCUGUAAACGCACGAUAAUUUCAAUGGACUGUUUUAAAACGGUUUAUAUUUCAAUAAAAGAAAUAUACAAUAAUUCUCGUACACAUACAUACAUAGUGAAUAUAUUUUUGCUGCGCAAUGAACAAUCUAGUGAGAUGUAGCCAUUGUCUGUUUCCGACUUGCUGUGAAUAAGUUUACAAAUCUUAUAUACAAAACAUUUAGGGCAUAGGCACAGUAGUAUUCUUGCAUAUACAUAUACAUAUAUAUAUACAUAGAACUAUAAAUUUUUACAAUUUAUAUAUUGUGCCUGUGUCUUAUUAUCCUCCAUCUCUUGACACAACUUUCAUCAAAUAACAAAUCUUUAUGCCCCAAGAGGAAACGUUCAAAAUUCUCAGAAAAAUAUGUAUUUUUUUACUUUGAGUAACGAUAAUUUUUUUAUUCUCUCUCCGGUAACACACCCUACACGCUACUUAUACGUGAUAAAGGAAGAGAGCUUCGUUGUCUUGCAUCCCAUGAAUAAUUAAAGGUAUUCCAGUCAGAAAGUUGAAUAAUGAACUGCGAAAAAGCUUGCACGAUUCAACCGUUUAUUAUCUAAUAAUGAAAAAAUACCGAAUAAAUUAGAACCGUAUAACUUUAACAUUCAUGGUGAACAGUUUUCAUAUACCAACACAAAACACGUGAAUCACAUUGAAUAUCCAAAUGGAAGUUAUCUGUUAACUUUUAAUAAACGACAUUCGGACUACUGAUUCUACUUAAACGUCACAAUCGAUCGCUUUAUAUUAUGUUAUUCGAGGUUAUUAUUUAUGAUACACAUAAGUCAACUACACUGGUUUAUCCUUGAUUAUUAAACACAAAUAUAUAGUCGCAAUUUCGUAAAAAAAUUUUCUCUCGGUGUAAAAUAUGUAAAAUGUUGUACAUGUCUUAUAUUGCAACGGUGAACUUAUUGUUAGUUUGGAAGUCGUAUUUGUUGGUAAGAUUUGGAGUAUGAGGUAGCCACUGCACAAUAAUUACUGUUAAAAGUAUAAUCAGAAAUUCAGUAAACAUUGAAAUAUACUCGCGGUGAAUUCCUUUCGGAGCAUAAAGCCUAGACAUGUUUCGAAACAUCUCAACAUUGUCAUACAAUGCAAGUGUAACCUGCAACAGCAUAAUCUGAUCGUUGUCUAGUAAAUUAACUAACAGAAUAGAGCUGUCGAGUCGAGUUGUCUAGUUUUCGUUAGAACAAUUUAGUAUUUUGUUAGACAAAAGGCUCAAGUAGCUAAAAUGACCUAGAUUUACGUACAGAGUUAUAAUUCAGGCGAGUGUCUCACCUCAUAAAUGCAUAUCCCUAUUCAUCAGUUCAUCUGAUCGCCUGCAUUUUGAAAAGAACAAAUUAAAACUACAGAGGUCGGAAGCUUUCAUAAUUUCAUGGAUGAUGAACAAUGUUUGAUUGUCAUUUGUAGUAUGUAGAAUAAUUAAUUCUAUUAAUUUUCAUAUCUCUAGUGUACUUACGCUAAAUUCAAAUAAUGUUAGAAGCACAAUUCUGCAGAACAUAAUUGCAAACGAAAGGGUAAUGUGUCUUUCACCGUUCAAAAAUAAUUCUCCUUUCUGCUUUUGAAUUGUUCUUUUGAAAUGUAUGUUGCAAUCACAUCAUUAUCAGGCAUAGCUAUAAGAAAUUGUUAAUCUUAUAUCAAGCCAAGUGUCAUUGUAUAAUUGUAUAUCACGUACUAGUGUGUUACCUUGUAACAGCCUGCGCCUCCAACUUAACUGAAAUUGAUUGUAAUCACUAUUUAACCCUAUAACAACCCGGUCCAAGUGUUUUCCUGACCACAAUUCAAGUAUUCAACUAUGGUUUUCUACUAGGAUUGCAAACGAUGAAUAAAAACUCGAACACACUUGAGGUAACGAAUCAGUGUUUUCACCGUUUACGAUCUCUCUACGCGAGGCAUAGGCUGAAUCUAAAAUUACUGUAGUGCCUGAGAAGUAUAAUAUAUUAUCUGUAUCCGUAUUUGAAAGUUACGUGUAACAUUGUUGAAAAGAAACAUGAACAAUUAUAUCAUCAACAGCAAUUGGACCGCAACAGAAGGGCAGGGAACAGCAUUUAUUAUUGGAAGCGCAAAGAUUUAUCGAUAUCACUGGAAAUUUGGGGGAUCUAAAAUCACACAAAUCGGUUUCGAAGGUACUGUAGGUUCAAAUAGUGAAAUAGCACUCAGCUCCGUGUGCGGAACGCAAACAUCUGAUUAUAAAACUUUGUUUCGAUGUUAAAGAAAAUCAACUACUCCCUGAGGCAGAAAAAACAUAACCAUUGUCCAAUCAGCUGCGUGUGAGAAUCAGGUGAAUAACAACCUUUUAUACGAAUAAAAUCGUCUUUGAGUAGAUAUACUCGUCGAUACUUGCGUAUACUCGUUCAUUUAACACAAGAAUUGGAUUUUUGAAGUUAAAAAUUCACGUGAAUGUAUAAAACAACGGCACUCUCACAAUCAGUUAUCGAAUGAAUGGAUUACAUACUUCGGAUCUUAUUCCAACAGCUCGAAAUGUGAUUCAAUUGAUUCUCGGUCCCUCAAUUGUAAAUAGAAAUUAGAUCUGGCCCAUUGCAUUCCCGUCUCCGUUACACAGACCCAUGUACUGUAAAUGUAGUUUAACAUUAGUACGAAUUAAAAAUUGAGAAAAAAAUAAAUUAUUGUAUGAAAUGUU